AUGAUGCGCUCUCGUUUCUCGCGGCAACAAAAGGUGUACCUUCCGGUUAUAGGGGGUAUGCUGUGCCUCCUGGCGCUGGCCGGGACUAGCACCACGGCCGCCACCCUCUGUGACUACUGUUCUCAAAUCGGUCGUGCGUGUAACAUCACUUUGGGUCAGUGCGUGCCGUGCACGCCAACGAGCGGUUGCACAGAGCGACAAGUCUGUAACACGAAUACGGGGAUAUGUGCGGUGAAGGACUUGUUCCAUCCGUUCCUAUGGUCAGACGGUGUGCUCAUUGUCUUGGUGUUCCUGGCUACGGGUCUCUCGAACGCUGGUGGUAUCGGCGGUGGCAUCCUGUUGGUGCCAUUGCUUUCCCUAUUUGCCGGUUUUACGCUGAAAAACGCGAGUGCGAAUGCACAGCCGCUCAUUUUCGGGGCAUCUAUUGCGAACGCAAUGGUGAAUGUGCCGCGCCGGCACGCAGCUCGCGAUACCCCUCGUAUUGACUGGAACCUCGUUGCCUGCACCGUGCCGUUUUUUCUAAUGGGAACCACCCCAGGCACGUUCAUGAAUCAAGCUUUUCCCAGCUACUUCACAGCGUUUGUACUUGCAUUGUUGCUCUCAGUGCUGUCAGUGCAAAGUGCUCUCUUUGGUCUGCGGUUACUGCGCGAACGCCUUCAGGAGCGCCACAAGAACGCCGCCGAUGAGCAGACGUGGAAGGCGGAAGCUGCAGGAAACGCCGCCGAUGAUACAUUGAGCUCGCGUGUGUCCUCGCCAUCUGUUGCGGAAACCGCGAUUCCCGUACAAUCUAACGAAGUCGACGACUGCGGGCGCGACGCCACGGAUGCCACGAAGCCGUCUGCAGACCGUGCAUCGGCCGAGCGGCCAGAUUCUUCGGAUCCGCACUUGAAUCAUGAGUCUAGGGGUAACGGGUGCUGCUCUGCUGCUAACGCAAGCAACGCAGUCGACAGCAGUGAUGUCCAUGCGACAGGCAGCGAGACAGCUGCGUCCUCGCCGUCUAACAACGUGCAUCCGCUCCGACCUGGCCGGUCGCGGUUCUUAUGCUACCUGGAUCCACUUCUGUGUGCGCAAUCGCGGGAGGAAUUGCUCGCAGCCGAGCGACCCUGGUUCCAGUGGCGAUACAUGCUCUUCCUGUUGGCAUGUUGGUUGGUUCUUUUCAUCAUCCAAAUAUUAUCCGGAAGUGCCGAGAAGCAUUCGCCAGUGGGUGCGCCUCUUUGUGGAGCGGUCUACUGGAUCCUUUUUGCUAUUCAGGAAUCGGUGCUUUUUGCUAUGGGAUGCUUCACCAUCUGGCGUAAUUUGUCUUUGAAUAGAUUGCGCGAUCGACUGGGAUAUCCGUGGUACUCGAAAAACGGUCUCGGUGAUAUCCGGUGGACCAGGGCGCUGAUCUUCGGAUAUCCCGUAUGGGCCUUCAUUGCCGGAGUUUUCGGUUCUUGGGUCGGCAUUGGAGGAAGCUCGCUGCUGAUUCCGUUUCUGAACCUUGUCGGACGAGCAGAUCCGGCUACCGUCCAGUCGAGUAUGUCGCUCUCGAACCUCUUGGGCAGUGCCUCCGGCGCCUUUGUGUAUCUGGCCCAGGGCCGCCUCAAUAUUUCCUAUGGACUCUUCUUCGGCCUGUUCGCUCUUCUAGGCAGUUACACUGGAGUCUGGAUGGUAUAUUUUCUCGUGGAACGCUAUCAAAUCCGGGCGCUUUUUGUUUUUGCGCUCACGAUCUGUUUCGUAACGGCACUUGGAGCGAUUCUAUACAUUGCGAUUCGGAAUACGCUUGGCGUUGAGGCUGCCGGCGUCGGUUGGGUAUUUACGAACAUUUGCGCCUAUGUCGGUUAA